UUUUUUUUUUUUUUGAAGUUUCUUGUGAAGCUGCGCAGGUCACCGUGGAGGGCUGGGGAAGGGACGGUUUGUCACGCUCAAGAUGGAGGGAUAGUGCUCAGUUACUGCUGAGGGGAGACAUCUUCAGCCAGAGGGCAAAGUCCAGGCCGCCCUACCAGCCCAGUUUGCCCAGUCUCUGCGCGCUGUUGGGGUCGGAGCCCACACUGCUUGUGCCCUCGGCACCCUUGGCUUUUGGGGCAGGUGCCGCCUCAGGGACAGCAAGGGGCAGUGUGGGGCUCAGCAUGGUGGGUGUCGGUGUGGCCCCCAUGUAGAGAGACCCGUGUGUGGUGGGGAAGGUGAAAGCAAUCCCCUCUACCCGUGGCCAUGGCAGGCAGCGAGGCAGCAGGCAGGCCUGCUCCUGCCUGCGUCCUGGGCAUAGACCUGGGCACAACAUCGGUUAAGGCAGCCCUGUUGAUGGGGGCAGAGCAAGGGCAGGUGGUGGCAGAGAGCUGCUCCAGGGAGACGCAGGCGCACACCAGUAGCCUGGAAGCUGGACCACAGGGAAUGGAGCAGAAUGUCCGGAGAAUAGUAAGAGCAUUGAAUGAAUGCCUUGCUGCUCUACCUCAGCAGCAGCUUCAAAGAGUCAGUCAUAUUGGCAUUUCAGGACAAAUGCAUGGGAUUGUGUUUUGGAAAAGAGAUAAAGGUUGCAAGUGGACAGAGUGUGGUACAGGCCCUACCUUUGAGCCGGAGGAGGUCAGUCAUCUGAUUACUUGGCAAGACGGCCGCUGCAGUCCCACCUUCCUCUCUUCUCUUCCUCUGCCACAGUCACAUAUCAGCUUGGCUACAGGAUUUGGGUGUGCCACAGUCUACUGGUAUUUAAAGAAAAGUCCAGGUUUUCUGAAGUCUUAUGAUGCAGCUGGCACUAUCCAUGACUAUGUGGUUGCCAUGUUGUGUGGCCUGAAGAAGCCACUGAUGUCCAUCCAGAAUGCUGCCAGCUGGGGAUAUUUUAAUUCCAGAAGCAAAAGCUGGAAUACUGACAUAUUGAAAAAAUCCGGCUUUCCUGUUCACUUGCUUCCAGAGGUGGGAGACCCUGCUAGUAUUGCAGGCAGGACAAUCUGUGCAUGGCAUGGAAUACCCAAAGGAGCAAAAGUAGGAAUUGCUCUAGGAGAUUUCCAGUGCUCUGUUUAUUCCUGUCUGACUGAGAGGACUGAUGCAGUUCUUAAUAUCGGUACCUCUGCUCAGCUGACUGUCUCAAUGCCCUCUGGUUUCCAGCCUCCAGAGACACCAGAUCCUUCCUCAGCUGUUACUUAUUUUCCCUACUUCAAUGAUGACUACCUGGCAGUGGCAGCAUCACUGAACGGAGGCAAUGUGCUAGCAACAUUUGUGGACAUGGUGGCACGGUGGACGGAAGAGCUAGGACUUCAGGUUCAGGAGCCUGCCAUCUAUACAAAGAUAAUCGAAGCAGCCUUGGCCCAAAAUGACAGCAAACUCUCAGUCCACCCAACCAUAUUUGGAGAGAGACACAUUCCUGAGCAGUUGGCAUCAGUGACCAAUAUUGCUGUCUCUGACCUCUCCCUGGGUCAUGUAACCAGAGCUCUGUGUCGUGGCAUCGUUGAAAACCUCUGUUCCAUGUUACCUGUGCAGCACCUGAUGGAGAUGGGAGUGAGGAGGAUUCUGGGGAGUGGGAGUGCCCUUGCCAGGAAUGAGGUACUGAGGCAGGAAGUGGAAAGGAUUUUUCCAUGCCCUGUCGUUUACGGGAAGGAUGUCGAUGCUGCUGUGGGAGCUGCCAUGGUGAUGUUCCACAGAAAAUAAAGUCAUUGUCUGGAAUGGCC